AUGAGUGAUCAAGGUGAAAAGACUUGUCCUCUUUGCGCUGAAGAGAUGGAUUUGAUAGAUCAGCAGCUGAAGCCUUGCAAGUGUGGAUAUGAUAUAUGUGUUUGGUGUUGGCAUCACAUAAUGGAUAUGGCGGAUAAAGAUGGUACAGAAGGUCGUUGUCCAGCAUGUCGUACCUCGUAUAUUAAGGAAAAAAUUGUGGAGACUUCAGAUAAUUUGAAAGCUGAAAUGAGCAUGGAGAAAAAAUCAAAGGCCAAGUCAAAAAGUAAAACAUCUGAUGGAAGAAAGCAACUCACCAGUGUCCGAGUGGUUCAGCGGAACCUUGUUUAUAUUAUGGGGCUACCUUUAGAUUUAGCAGAUGAAGAUCUUCUACAAGGAAAGGAGUACUUUGCACAAUAUAGGAAGGUAAUGAAGGUCUCUAUAUCUCGUACAUCAGUGGGGCAUAUUCAACAAUUUGCAAAUGAUACUUGUAGUGUAUAUAUUACUUAUUCAAAAGAAGAAGAAGCCGUGCGUUGUAUUCAAUCAGUGCAUGGGUUUACAUUGAACGGUAGACCUUUGAGGGCAUGUUUUGGAACUAUAAAAUAUUGUCAUGCAUGGCUGAGGAAUGCGCCUUGCAACAAUCAGGAUUGUCUUUACUUGCAUGAAAUUGGUUCACAUGAAGUCAGUUUCAGCAAAGAUGAGAUUAUAUCAGCAUAUACAAGGACUAGAGUUCAACAAAUUGCUGGUGCCACAUAUGACCCGCAUCCACGCUCGGGGAGUGUACUACCACCACCAGCAGAUGAGUUCUAUCCAUUACUUGGAAUUUUCUUGGACUUUAACAUAGAUACACAAUCUGAUAAUAUCUUGGGCGCGUCUGUUUGGCAGACUCCUGCUGGCAGUGUUAGUAGCUCUCCUCCUAAUAGCAGUUCUGGUAGAUCUGUGAGUCUUCCAGCAGCAGCAUCAUGCCAGCCUCCCUCUCUAACUGUGGCUAGUUCAAAUGGUUCUUCUAAGCAGAAUGCUGACGUCUGUAGUGGUCCUCUAGCAUUUUCAAUUGUGGUAGCGAGCCCAACUCAGGUCUCUAUAAUACAUAGUGAUGUGCAGAAGAAGCCUCAUGAAGCAUGCCUUAGACAGAUUGGUAGACCAGAGUUGGCGGUAUCUGAAAAGGUGGAUUUACAAACUGCAUCAUAUACUCUUGCCAUACCAGGACAUCCCAUUACUUAUGUACCAACUACCCAAUAUGUGGACCCAUUGAAGGAUAAAAAUGACUCUCUCAACAUGUCACACAAAUCUGAAAAGGUGGAUCACACUUCAUUUUAUACUCCUGCCAUACUCGGACAUCCUGUUACUUCGGGACCAUCUAUCCAAUCUAUUGAUUCAGUGAAGGAUAAAGAUGAGUCACUGAAUAUGUCACAUAACCUGGUGAAUUCUUAUGAUAAGUUUGAUCGUUCUCGCAAUCUUGGUCUGGAAAGAGAGCCAAUCCCUGUUGCAGAAACUGCAAUUAAAAAGCAAUGCAUAAGCGAAAAGCAUACAGAUCCAUUGUCUUUGAAUGGGGCAUUGAAUGCCGUGACUUCGUGCAGAGAUGCUUUUGUUUCUAGGGAACAUUCUGAAUUAAGAUCUGAUGAGCAAUCUAAAGUAGCUGGGAGUGCUAAUUCUGAAUUUGAGUAUGAUUUGUUAUCAUUUAAUUUCCAGCGAAUAAAGGACCCAAAAGUUAUUGCUGAUAUGGGUUCAUCAUCAAAUGUAGACAAUAUUCCGUUGAAUUCCAGUGCAUAUACUAAGAAUCCAGCUAGUAGAUUUACGAAGUUGGAUAAUGGUUACAACAAUUCUUAUAUGCUGUCAGAUGGAUGGAAACAUGCUAUAGAUGAUGUAGGAGAGAGCAGUAUUAUAUCUAAUAUUUUGUCAAUGGACUUUAAUUCGUGGGAUGAUUCUUCAGGUUCUCGGGAUCUGGCCAAAUUGUUGGGGGAAGCUAAAAACAAGCAGGGUACUCAAGGAGUAUCAACUUCCUGGAAAGUGCAAUCCAGUAAUCAAUCUAGAUUCUCUUUUGCCAGAGAGGAUAGUGAAGUACCCAAAUCAGAACCAUCUUUAACCAACUUUGGUCGAGCUCUGGAGGAUCAUCACUCCUUUGGUAAUGGUUUUGUUAGCAAUGGAGAUUAUUAUCUUGGCAAGUCCAACGAUUUAUCUCCUGCUAAAACUUCGGGUAAUUUUGCAAAUAUCCAUGCACUUGGUUCUAACAAUUUCAAGAGCUCCAGCAUCAGCCCCCCUGGAUUUUCUGGACCCGCCAAAGCUCCUCCGCCAGGAUUUAGCGAAAGGAUAAUUUAUGCUUAUGAAAAUGAGGCACAAGCCGAGUUAUUGAUGCAAAGAUCUCUUAGUGCACACAACAAUCAACACCACCGACAUGCAGAAAUGAGUGGAAAUUUUUCUUCACAUCCUGAUUACUAUGGUAGUCCAAUAAAUGUCUCCCCUUUCGGGCAACUUAGUCAUCCACAGUCCAGGAAUCAAGUAUCAAAUGGCAACUGGGAUGGUUGGAGUGAGCUUCAGGGGAUAAAUGACUUAAGUAUGGCAGAGCUUCUUAGAUCCGAGAGAAUGGGAAUUAAUAACUUGUUUAACAGUUAUGAAGAUUCAAAGUACCGAAUGGCUGGUUCUAGUGACUUAUACAACCAAAUAUAUCGGAUUUAA